AUGCUGGCAUCGAGAAGCCGCGUAGGCAUUGUCACCAAGAAGCGACUGCCAUACAUCUGUCCAGAAUGUCGGCACAAUGUGUUCCUUUCAGCCUUCCUCGGUCACAAUCGAAGACAGAGACUCUCGACACCUGCAAAUGCCACGCGGCAGCUCAGACAGCAGAGGAGAUCAUUUUAUACAUUGAGCUCUUGUCUGGCAUCACUAGAGACCUCCCAGCCUUCCCAGCCUUGCAUUGACGCCUUUCAAGAUAUCACUUUGGGCGCCGCUGCCACAACUCGAUCCUCUUCUUCACCAGCCAAGAAUCCCGCCGUCCCACCUAAUUCUUUAAUUCGUAACCACCUAAGAGCCUGGAGCGCAGAGAAUAACAAGAAGAAAAGGAAAGAAGCAGAUGCAAACAGCGAUUCACUCCCGCUCAAAAGGCUAACUGUGUUGCCCAACUCUUUGUUCAUCGAAGAAGCAAGCCUCGCCGAUAAUACUUUGGGCGAGGAUGAAGACGUGGGUGCAGGCGAUCUUCCCGAAACAUGGGAAGAUGCAGUGGAAGGCGGCAAUGUCCCUCAUCUCGAUCCGGGUGAUCUGAUCUGGUGGCAGCCUGGCAAAUAUACGGCUGGCGCCGGUCGCUUUGCACGUUCACAACUAGCCAUCUUCUUGGGCACCCUGGGCUGGCAGCGUCAGUAUUUGCUACUCGACGGUCGCUGGGUCGUUGAAAAAUCCGUCCAGCAGCCCAGCCCUAGAUUCAAGCAAUUUGCUUCGCAACAAGAAGUGGACCAGAUCCGGAAGCACUUGCCAGUCAAGCCACUGGAGAUGCAAGCCGCAGACUUCGAGGUCAAGAUGGGCUACAGCUUUGCAGGCGACAUCCCUUCCGCCGACGCCGAGACUCUAACAACCCGGCUUGCUCGGUUCAUCGACGAUAUGUCCACCUGGCGGCGAGAAAACCUUGCUUUGCUAGAUUCGCUUUACGAACGCAUUGCCGACGGAGAAAGGCACAUCUCCCUCUCGUAUGAGCAGGUCGUAACCAAAUUACUAGGUGUCAAAUACUCCGAAGUGCCUCCUGCGGCCCUCUUUACCAUCUAUAGGACACUCCGAAGGAAGCAUGUUGCUCAAAUCACCAUCCUCAAGAAGACCCACUAUCCUUCAGCAACUGUAGCUAUCAUGCCUAAAAGACUGGCACAGCGCUUUGAUCAAGUCUGUACAUGGGCUCGAGAAUAUCAAGAGGCCGCCGCCGCCGCCGCCAUGGGAAAGGACGUAACCGGUGCUCUGGCGCGCAAUCCCCUCUCUUCCUUCGUCGCAAAGGCAAGGCGAUUGAUCCUCAAAAGCCGCGCUCUGCGGUCUCCCACCACGAUUGGCAGUCUUGGUCCCAGCUCCAUCCAACCUGCAGAUCUUGGAAACGGCAAAAUUCCCGUCAAAGACAACGACGAAACAUUCUCGGAAGAGGACAAGAUGUUUCUAGAGUUCCUUUGGGACUGUUAUGUUCGUUAUCCCCCCCCCGAUAACAACCGAAACCUUGCCAUUGCUUCUCUCAUCCUCCGGGCGAUCGGUGCAUACCCCAAACUUCGCCUCGACCAAAACAUGGGCUGUCUUUUGCUUCAAGAGUUGGGUACCCUGCCACCAUGGUUUCUUCGUUCCGACCACAAUGUGACCCUAGAGAUUCCGGGCGGCAGAGCUAGUCACGACCUGACCCGUAUCUACGACGAGGCGGACCUCUUCUGUCACAGGUUGGGUCUCAGCAAGACACUCGAUCAUGGAUUGCUCGUUGAUUCUAUGGCAUCUUUGCGCCACAGUUUUGACCAUCUCCCGGUUUACUGCAUCGACGCUGGCGAAACAAAUGUCAGAGAAGACGGCUUUUCUAUUGAGCCUAGCACCGAAAUUCCUGGUGCAUACUGGAUCCAUGGACAUGUUUCGCACCCUACCGCGUUCAUUGAUCCAGAGCACAUCAUAGCACAGCGAGCCUUGAAACUCACUGGGAGUGUUUUUCAUAAUACAUACGUUGCACGUAUGGUCCCUGACAGCUUUGCUCGAACGUUGUCCCUUCGUUCUGGCUCUCCCGCCAUCACAGUCAGCACCCUAUUGACAGAGGCUGGCGACGUGGUAGACAUCAAGAUUCGACCGACCACGCUUCGAAACGUGAUCCACCUUUCCAACGCUGCUGUGGAACAUAUUCUGGGGAAACCUGAAUACGAGGCAGCCACGCUGUCAUUGGGGCCACAAGCUGGAUUACCCCCGAAGUCUUUGCAACAGGCGGCCCCUGCAGAUAUCGAAGAAGCUCGUACCCACCUGUCCGAGCUUCAAAUGUUGGAAAAGCUUCUUCUUGCUCGAGAGGAAAGUCGUCGGAGAAUCGUGGCGGUGGCGCCUGAUUGGGAAGUCCAAGGAAGCCUUUCGACUCAAAGUUACGUCCACAUAAGAGGCAGUCGAUUUGAUGAAGAGAGUCUUUUCCGGAGUCAACAGUACCAGGGCGAUCCUUCAAUCAGAAUUACAGUAUCUCGGUAUAUGCGACUGAAUCGGGUGAAGGAAAUGCCGCAGUAUGUUACCUUAACAGCCCUAUGUGGAGACCUCGUGGCAGAGUCGGCCGGGAAGUGGUUUCAAGAUCGCAAGCUACCUGCAUGCUUCUUUGGCUCCUCAUAUACAGCGGACUUUCCCCCUUCCAAACUUAACAAAUUGGGCCGCGGCGAGCAUGCAGAGUAUCCGUCAGGCAAGCUUUCGUCCUCGCCUAUACCACAUGUCCACAAAAGCCAUCAAGUCCAUCUAUGGUUCAGCAAUCCUCUUCGACGUUAUCCAGACUUAAUGGCCCACUGGCAGGUGGAUGCCUACCUCCGAGCGGAAGCGAGUGGAGCAAUCCAGCCGGGGGAUCCGGGUGAUUCGGACGAUAAGUUGAAGCUGCCUAUCUCGAAGGAAAAGGUCGACGAAUUUAUAGUAGAACAUUCGCCUAGAAUGUAUGAAUGGGCGCGUGAGAUAACGCGCGCCGAGAGAAGGCAUUGGAUCACACAAGCACUGUUCCGAGCGUUCCACUUCAGGGAGGCAGAACUCCCGCACGUAUGGGACGUGAAUGUGACCUCAGUGAAUUCUACGCGAACUCGUCCCGAUGACAGUGGGCUCAGGGGCGUUCUUCUGCCUUUCAAUGUCUACGCGGUUAUUCUGGCAUCAAACGAGGGCUGGGAAAAAGGAGUGAAGUUUCGUUCCUUUUUGCCAGUAAAGCUGGAACUUGUCGACUUGGUCCGAAAAACAGUGGUAGUCCGCCCUGUUGGUCACCCUAGCGAAACCUAUACUCAAUCCGGCGCCAUUCACAUCGCACCAAAGACUCAUCCUAAGCCGUCAAAUGACGCUCAGUCGUAUGAGGCACCAUCGUCAGAAGCGGCACGCACUUCGGAAGACGCUGAGUCCACAUGA